GCAGAUCCGAGUGCCUCAGUAUACCACCUACUGUAUCGUCGAAGCUAGAGCAGAGAUCACCAUCGACGAUGGUCAUGAUUGGGAUUUCGAAGAUGGCGGGCAAGAGCUGGCAGGAGGCGAAGCUGAUGUGGCACAUCGCGUUCCCCGUGAUCCUCACCAUCGUGUGCAAUUUCUCCAUCGGCUUCGUCACCUCCGCCUUCGCUGGGCACGUCGGUGAUGUCGAGCUCGCCGCCGUGACGGUCUCCAAGAACGUCAUCGAGGGCUUCGCCUACGGAGUUCUGUCGGCCUGGAAGCAGAGGAAUCAUUCCUGAUGACGGUGAAGGGGUGAAGGUACUCCAUCGCUUCCGAUCAUAAUAACCUAAUUUCU